GCAUUAUGGGUCUGCUUGGCUGGUUUCAGGAAGUAGCUGUCGGUAAUGUAAAACAGCAACAGAGUACAAAUUCCCUGAUUCUUGAUGAAGAGGGAGUUUUUAUAAACAGUUCUGCUGCAAACGAACAAAUAAAUGAUGCUGAUAUCUCACCUCUCAGCUAGAGUCUAGUUUGCAUGGAACAAAGCCUGUGAUAAACUGAGCUAGUUAACAGCCCACAAUGGAUUCCCCUGAAACAGAGGAAAAGAGAGAGGACGCAGCACCAAGCACGUCAAAUACACCUGGUGAAGGAGAUGAUGGACCUAAGCCUAAGAAGGCCUCUUUGAAAAGGACAGCUGGUCAGCCUCCUAAAGCAAAACCAAAGAAGCGGAGGAAGGCCCGACCCGCCCAGCUCGGCUACAGAGUCGAACAGGGGGAGGAUAUGCUACUUGUCAUAUCGAGUACAACAGCUGAUUAUGAAGGCUCUGUCUGGGCUCCCCCAAGGAAGGGGAGCAAAAAGAAGAAGCUAAUUAAAGCUAAACUGAAAGCUGGUCAGAAGAAGAAGAAGAAAAAGACACUCCGUGCCAAGCCUACACUGGAAAUUAUACCAGUAGACACAGUUAAAAAGGACACCACUUUGUUUCUUCCACAAGAAGCGGGCGACCACAGAUGGGGUCAAAGUGUUCCUGAGGAGGUGCUCAUCAAUAUUUUCCAGAUGGUGGUUAUCCAAGAUGGUGCUGUACCAUUCCUAUGCAGAGUGGGGAGAGUUUGCCGCCUGUGGAACGCCGCUGCCUCCAGUCCGGUCCUGUGGAGGAAGGUGACUAUCGGUCACUGCUGGAUUGCACCGGGGUUAAGCCAGCUACCUAAAACUGAGAGGAAAGUUAGGGACACGUUUACCUGGCUGUCUCAAAACAGAUUCUCCCAGCUACGAGACUUCUCUCUCUAUCACUGGAAAAAUAACGUGAACUUUGCAGUGGAGGCUGUGUCACUGAACGCCCCACACCUUCGCUCCCUCACGCUCUCCUACUGCACAGGCCUGACGGCAGAAGGUUUCUCCAGCCUCGGUCAGCACAGCCGGUCUCUACAGAACUUGAAUCUUCAGCAUUCAGAGUUUCAGGUUGAAGGACUUGUGGACUACCUUGAAAACCAUGGGAGCCAGAUCAAGCAAAUUUGGUUCACUCAUGGACCGAAGCAUGACAAAGUUCAGGCUGCCAUCUCUAGGGGGGUCUGUCCUGAUUUGGAGUUUUUCGAGGUCAACACGCAGCUCAACAGUAGGGACUGUGAACUUCGUCUUUACAUCCAAGCACUGCAGACGGCAUGCCCGAAACUAAAGACCUUCCGGAUACUGAAUGUCAGACCUCUCCUAAAGCCAACGCGUAACAGUGCUGACUCAUCAUUAGGCUUUCCAUUACUGGAGGAGCUCUGUAUCGCAACCACGUCUCAUUCCUACAUGACCGACAAAGAUUUGUGGGACAUUCUCUUCGGCUCCACCAGGCUGCGGGUGCUGGAUCUUCGGGGAUGUUCGCGAAUAACGCCAUCUGGUCUCACGGCACUGCCAUGUGCUGAGCUUGAGUGUCUGUACUGGGGACAUUAUUUCGGCAGCAACCUUGGGUCGUCAUCAACUAAAAAGGGGCUUCACAUGGUGACAGAGAAGUGGAGUCGAACACUGCAGCAGCUUGACAUUGCAUAUCAGCUCUUCACUGAGGAGGAGUUGGAGAUAGCAAUGAGUUACCUUGUUCAGACAACAGAGGCAGAUACCUUGCGUUCACUUAAUCUUAGUGGGACCAGAAUCACAUCACCUGCACUCAGGUCUGUCAUCGGCCAAAUGACUUCUCUAGACUACCUCAAUAUUUCGUCCUGCCGUUAUCUUCCACGAGGGCUGAAGAGAAUUUACCGUGGCCAAGAAGACAUUCGCCAACUGCUAGACAAACUGGACUAGUUUUCAUAUUCAUCUGGUAUCAGAAAUGUGGAACUGAAUUCUGCUGGUGCAAAUGUUUUACAGUCUUUGGAUUAUGUUUUUACUCAUGAGCAUUUUGUACUCUGGUGUCUUUGUAAAAUUUGUCUUAAAUGAGUACUGCUCACACAAAACAAGUAAUUCUUGUACUGUACAAGCAAUCCUUAUUGCUGCAAGAAAGGAGAAACCAAGGAUUUGGAAUCCAGAAAGGAAACAUGUUGCUUCUCUGUUCAUGUGAGUUAACGAUUAGUAAUGUUAAAGAAUUUGUUUGUUUUUCUUUUCUUUUUGUUCCUCAAGUUACACUAAUUCCAAGAAAAAAUGUUGCCAAAAAUAUAUGCAAUAAAGAAUAAAAUGAACAUGACACAAUAAA